AUGGCAGAACAGAAUGUGACAAGGUAUCGCAUAGGCUAUGCAUUGGAACCAAAGAAAGUGCAGAGUUUCAUUCAAUCCUCGCUUAUUAUUCACGCUAAGAACCGAGGCAUUGAUCUGGUUCCAAUCGAUCUCAGCAAGCCCUUAAUCGAUCAAGGUCCAUUCCAUUGCAUCAUCCACAAAUUGUACGGCCCUGAAUGGAGAAAACAAUUGGAAGAAUUAUCUUCCCGAAACCCCGAUGUUACCGUCGUAGACCCUCUUGACGCCAUCGACCGGCUUCACAAUCGGAUGUCCAUGCUCCAAGUUGUAAACGAGCUAAAGGUAUCUCUACAAACUGAAAUUUCGUUUGGGAUUCCGAAGCAGAUUUUUGUUGAAAAUCCUGCAUCCUUUUAUGAUUUCAUUGAAACAGAGGGGCUGAAGUUUCCAAUAAUUGCGAAGCCUUUGGUUGCGGAUGGGAGCGCCAAUUCUCAUCAGAUGGCCCUAGUUUUUAGUAAGGAGGGUUUGAAAGGGUUAAAUCCCCCAAUUAUACUUCAGGAGUUUGUGAACCAUGGAGGGGUAAUUUUUAAAGUUUAUGUGGCUGGAGAGCAUGUAAAACUUGUGAAACGAAAGUCCUUGCCUGAUAUUUCGGAGGAGACACUGGGUACGUCGGAGAAUUUGUUGUCAUUCUCGCAGAUAUCGAAUCUAACUGCUCAAGAUCAGAGUGAUGAGAGCGUUGCUAGGCUGAUUGAAGAGGCUGAGAUGCCACCGUUGAGUUUUGUCACUGAAAUAGCUUAUGGGUUGAAGCAGGCUUUAAAAUUACACCUUUUUAACUUUGAUGUGAUAAGGGACAGUAGGGUUGGCAACCGAUAUCUUGUGAUUGAUAUUAAUUACUUCCCGGGGUAUGCAAAGCUGCCCUCAUAUGAGACUAUUUUGACAGAUUUUUUUCAUGAUAUUGUGCAACGGAGGACAAAUUUGGAUGACCAUUUAUCAGCGUAG